AAAGAGAGAGAGAGAGAGAUCGAUAGCCAUGAGAGUUAGUAAAUAGCUAAUAUAUUUUUCAUUUAAUUUAUAAAAGAUGAGUAGUUCAAAUUUUGCUAGUAGUAGCAUGUCCGGGAGCGGAGGUGGAGGCGGUGGAAGCAGCAGUGGCGGAGGCGGAGGAGGGCCGUGUGGCGCGUGCAAGUUCUUAAGGAGGAAGUGCGUGACGGGGUGCAUAUUUGCGCCACAUUUCGACUCCGAGCAAGGAGCAUCGCAUUUUGCGGCCGUGCACAAGGUGUUCGGAGCUAGCAACGUGUCGAAGCUCCUCCUCCACGUCCCGGUGGAGAAGCGGGCCGACGCUGUCAUCACCAUUUGCUACGAGGCCCAGGCCCGGCUCAGGGACCCCGUCUACGGCUGCGUCUCCCACAUCUUUGCCCUUCAACAACAGGUGGUGAAUCUGCAAGCAGAAAUCUCCUACUUACAAGCCCAUCUGGCCACCCUGGAGCUUCCAACUCCGCCGCCUCAGCCGCCGUCGCUACUGGCACCACCACCACCCUUAUCCAUAGCUGAUCUCCCCUCAUUUUCAGCAGUUCCAGCAACGUAUGAUUUGUCAUCUCUAUUUGAUCCAACGGCAUGGAAUCUCCCUCACCAAAGCGACACAUUAACAUCUCAGUUUCCGACCCCUCGAGGCGGCGGCGAUCUUCAAGAACUGGCUCGUGAGUUUCUGGCUAGACGCGACCCAUGUACAAAUCAACCUGCUUCGCCUUUGCCACCUCACUCUACCACCUAAUUACUAAUAUUCAAUAAAUAAUUAAUGGAAUGGAAAAUUAACUCUUUUCAGCCAUAAUAUGGAGGAAAUUAACUUUUUUCUUCUUCUUUUGCUUUUCGGGAAUUGAUUGAUCGAUCAUAAUUCGGUCUGAUUUUGAUUUUUUUCUACAGUGAACUCUUUUCUCUGGCAAAUUUAAUUUCGAUCCGGAGAUUAUUUUUUGUAAUUAAUGUAUCCAGCCUCCAAUUUUAUGUUUAACUAGUGUAACACUUGUAUGAUACACAAAACUUUUUAUAUAUUCAUAUUUAUAUAAGUUGUAAUUUGUAUAUUGUUUAUACUAAUAAUAAUUAGAUUUAAUAA